AUGUCGCAGUCCAUACAAGAAGAGCAUCACCUUCACGAGCAGCCUCGCCAAUCCUUGGAUACCACCGAGAAGCCCUCGGAGAUCCAAGAAGACCCGAGCCGAUUUCCAACAGGAGCCAAGCUGGUGGUGAUUGUGAUUUCGAUUCUGUUUGCUAUGUUCCUGGUUGCGCUGGACCGCACAAUCAUCGCCACAGCAGUCCCCCGCAUCGCAAACCAAUUCAAUGCCCUCGAAGACAUCAGUUGGUAUGCCAGUGCAUACCUCCUAACAAGCUGCGCAACCCAACUGGCCUGGGGCAAAGUCUACACCUUCUACUCAACCAAGACCAUUUUCCUUCUUGCAAUCCUCAUCUUCGAAGUCGGCUCAGCUCUAUGCGGCGGCGCCCCCAACUCCAAAGCCUUCAUCGUCGGCCGAGCCAUCGCAGGCAUUGGAUCGGCUGGAAUCUUCUCCGGCGCGACAGUCAUUAUCGCUCAGAUUGUCCCGCUAGCUAAGCGGCCCAUCUAUGUCGGGUUGAUGGGAUCUACAUUCGGAUUCUCGUCUAUCGUCGGCCCAUUGAUGGGCGGCGCUUUCACGGACAAUGUGACAUGGCGCUGGUGUUUCUAUAUUAACCUUCCCAUCGGUGGAUUCACUUUGGCAAUGCUAUUCUUCUUCCUGCGCGUGCCUCACACGCCUCAACCCUGCGGCUGGAAGAGACAGAUCCUCCGCCUUGACCCCCUGGGAAGCGUCCUCUUCUUGCCAUCCGUUAUCUGUUUCCUUCUUGCCUUACAAUGGGGUGGAACGGCAUAUGCCUGGAACAGCGGGCGCAUUAUCGUGCUGUUUGUGCUCUCGGGUAUCCUAAUGAUCGCCUUCAUCAGUGUACAGGCCUGGCUGAAGAAAGAUGCCACCGUGCCUCCGCACAUUUUCAACCAACGCAGUAUCAUCAGCGGAGUCGUCUUCGCCCUCUGCGUUGGCGGCGGCCUCAUUUCCAUGCUCUACACCCUCCCACUUUGGUUCCAGGGUGUACACGGUACAUCGGCUGUAAAAUCCGGAAUCGACACCAUCCCCAUGGUCCUCGCACUUGUCGUCGGCGCCAUCCUCUCCGGCGGAAUCAUCACCGCAACAGGAUACUACGUUCCAUGGAUGUUCGUCGCAACAAUCCUAAUGUCCACAGGCGCAGGCCUCAUGACAACCUUCAAGCUGGACACCAACCACGCCGCCUGGAUCGGAUACCAGGUUCUCUUCGGUCUUGGCAUCGGCACCGGAAUGCAGCAGCCCUCGCUAGCAGCGCAAACUAUUCUCCCUAUGGAGGAAGUUGCCAUUGGCGUUUCUCUUAUGUUUUUCUCCCAGUCUCUCGGUGGUGCUGUCUUCAUUGCGGUCGCACAGUCUCUUUUCCAGAAUUACCUAGGCGCGGAACUGCCUCAUAUUGAGGGCAUUGAUCCGGUCAAGGUGUUGGCUGCUGGGGCUACGGGUCUUUCUGAAGCUGUGCCAGCUAAUGAGCUUAUCGAUGUUCUGAUUGUGUUUAAUGAUGGUAUUCAUCGGUCAUUUAUUGUUACUGUGGCCGUGUCUUGCUUGAUGGUUUUGCCGGCUUUGACGAUGGAGUGGAAGACGAUUAAGAAAGAUAAUGUUUCUGUUCCUGCUGCUUGA